AUUCUAGAUAUGGUUUCAUUUUAAAAAAACUUUUAAAAAGUAAUUUAAAAAAGACAUUAUACUCCAAUAAAUAUUUUUAUUCAACAACACAAAUACAAAAAGAAGAAUUAACACCACUUGCUCAACAAUUAAAGAAUUUAAUAUCUGUACAUAUUUAUGACACCAUAGUUUUUAUUCUAUAAAUUAUUCUUUUGUUAAAAGAUAUUUUUAAAAAAUUUUACUAUAGGAAAAAGGACCUAUAUCAAUAGCUACAUAUAUGAAACAUGUAUCAACAAAUCCAAAUAGUGGAUAUUAUAUGAAAGGUGAUGUAUUUGGUGCUAAAGGUGAUUUUAUUACUUCGCCCGAAAUUAGUCAAAUGUUUGGUGAGUUGAUUGGAAUAUGGUUGAUAUCACAAUGGGAAAGUCAAGGAAAGCCACAAAAAACGCAAUUAAUUGAAUUGGGACCAGGUAGAGGGACAUUAAUGGAAGAUAUGCUUCGUGUGAUGUCAAAUUUUCCAGAUUUUUAUAAUACAUUAAAUGGUAUACAUUUAAUUGAAAUUAGUCCCGAAUUAAGCAAAUUACAAUUUAAAAGAUUAAAUGAAUUUCGUGAAAAUAAUACUGAAAGCACGAACUAUAAGUUUUAUUGGCAUAAUACGAUCAAUGAUAUAUUAGACGGAUGGUCUUUGAUUGUUGCUCAUGAAUUUUUUGAUGCCUUACCUAUUCAUAGAUUUAAGCUUACAGAUAAGGGAUGGAGAGAAUAUAUGGUUGAUAUUGAUACUUCAAUUGAUAGCCCAUAUCAUUUCCGUUUAAUUCUUUCACCAGAUUCCACAAAAGAAUCUAUAACAUUAACAUCAUCACCACAAUAUACAAAAUUUAAUAUUGGGGAUUGUAUAGAAAUAUCUUCGGACUCUUGGAAUAUUACUCAAAAAAUUUCGAAUCAAAUCUCAAAAUUUGGUGGUGCCGCUUUAAUUAUUGAUUAUGGUCAAGAUUAUGUACAAGACAAUACAUUAAGAGCUAUUAGAGAUCAUAAAUUUGUUCAUUCUUUAAGUUUGCCGGGACACUCAGACUUAAGUGCUGACAUAAAUUUUUCUUAUUUAAAAGAGUCGACUCAAGGAAAAGUUAAUACAUUUGGACCGGUAACACAAUCGAAAUUCUUACACUCAAUGGGAAUAACGACAAGAUUAUCAAUGUUACUUGAUCAAACAACUUCUAUUGAACAACAUAAAAUUUUAUUUAAUUCUUAUAAAAGAUUGGUUGACCCUUUAACAAUGGGAAGAAUUUAUAAAGUAUUAGCUAUUAAUCCUAAAAAUUUUGAUCAAAUUCCAUAUGGAUUUGAAUCAUUAAAAAAAUAAUUUUUUUUAAAAAUUUUGCCAAUGUACAGAAAAUUCAAAAACGAUGCACAAAAUCUUAAUUAUUUUUCCCUCCUUUUCGUCUCUCAUAUUAUUAAAACAGUAAAAUAAAGAGCUAUUAAACUAUAAUGAUUGAUAAAGUACUUUUUCUUCCAUAUUAUAUAUAUACAUGCAAAUUACUUUUCUAUAUAAUUUUUGCAUAUGAUUAUAAAAUUUUUUCCUCCUUGAAAAAAUAAGAAGUUAUGAAACAUGAAUCUUAUUUUCUGAAGUGAACGGGUGAUAUUAGGAUUAAAUAAAUAUUAUCGUCAUAGACCAAAAUAUAUAUAUAUAAUAUAUAU